AUGAAUGAUUUAUCUUUCUUCGUAUUGCAGCACCAGAAGCGAACCUUAACAGCGCAGCUCCUCCGCGACACGCUAGAUUUUGCUAAACCACAUGCCGAGGAGGGUGUUCUCUUCAGUUGGCGUUGGCACUUUUUUCUGGGCACCCUGCCGCUGCCAGCGGAUGACGACGUGCAGCUUCUCGACUCCCGAGCCGCUUGCAAGCGAUGGAGAGAGCAAUGGCAGGACGCAGCUCGUCGACUCGAUCAGUCGAUUCGCGAGACGCCACGCAAAACCGGCAAAACAAUCAAAUUUGGCGAGUCCAGUACUGACAGCGAAGAUUCAUCGGCGUCUCCUUCUGCCGGUGCUUCGAUCACUGCGCUGGAUACAAGUCGAGGUGAGAAGACAGUGAACCCACUCGCGCCCACCUCGGAGAGCUCCUACGCGCUACAGUAUCAGGCGGACAUGGUGCGGCAGGCGGUGGAGAGGGAUAUGAGCCGCCUCUGCUGGAAUGUUCCCCCUUUUCACGACCAGCAAGCCAAGGAGGUAGUAGCGGAUAUUCUGCUCAAGUACAGUCUGAUGGAGAACAGGGACUACAUGCAGGGAUUGCAUGAGAUUGUGGCGUUCCUCUACUAUGCUUGUCAUCGUGACAAGGCCGUGGGCGAACGUUUCGGGCGAGAGCACCCGGCGCUGCGCUCGGCCGCUUUCUUUGACUUGUUUGAGCUCGUCUACGCUGAUCUGCCGGCUGCAGUGUAUGUCCUCUUUCGGCGGAUCAUGAGCGAUGAAGACGGCGGCAUAUUCCUCGCCAAGUGGUACUACCUCCGUGAUCAACGGAGUCAGAGUGGGGUGCUCUUGGCGUGCGAACGGGUGCAGCAAGACCUGCUCACACGCGUGGAUCCGGGGCUGCAGCACUUGCUAGACGCCGUGUACGGCAUUCAAAGCGUCGUGUAUCUCGUGCGCUGGCUGCGCCUCCUCUUUUUGCGGGAGUUUCCGCUGGAACAAUCGUUACGGGUCUGGACCGCGGUGUUCUGCGAGCGCUACGUUAUUGUGGAGGAGCAGAAGGCCCCAUUUGUACUGGACAACAGCAUCGCUCUGUACUUCGCUGCGCAGAUGCUCCGACAUGUGCGCGACGAGUUGGUCAUCGACGCUGGAGGUGCACUCCAGGUGCUAAUGAAGUACCCUCCCACCGAUCAUGUCGACGACAUGCUGUACGCGGCUGCCAUGAGUAACUGUGACUCGCCUCUCUCUCGCCACGCGAAGGCGCCGCGGCUUAUGGACCCGAAAGAUGCACCCGUACUGCCGGCGGAGGUGACGUUGCGCCAAGGCGAAGUACUGUCACGCGUUAUUGGCAGCCUCGAACAGUACUGGGUGUGCGGCGCCAACGCAACAGCGCAACAGCAAGAGCUGACCACGGAGAUGUACACCGAGUCCCUCGCCCGGCUUAAAAAGGUGCGCGACGUUUUGCUUUACGGCAUGGGCGACUAA